AUGGUGGGGAUGUUAGGCUUAGAGGAAGGGAAUUCAAGUGAGGAAGAGGUCUGCAAGAAAGAAACCACACCUAUCUCAUCUCCAAGGACCCCUAUUGACAAGCUUAUUAUUAGGGAGAAGCAGAGGUGGAAUGUCAACAUGGUGAUUCUUCAAGAAACAAAAUUUCUUGUUAUUAACAGUACUAUGAGCAGAACUCCAUGGAAUCGAGCAGGGGUGGAAUUAGCUUAUCAACCAUCCAUUGGAGCUAGUGGAGGUUUAUGCAUAAUGUGGAGGGGUGAGGAAUUUGAACUUCUGGAUAGGCAUGACGGCGUCUACUCCUUAGCUUUCUUGUUUAAAUUGAGAAGAACUGGUCAGAUUUGGUACUCUGUGGGGGUAUAUGCACCGAAUAAUAGGAAGGACAUACGAAUUUUGUGGAGGGAACUUGGUGAUAUCGUGGGGCUUUGGGACUUUCCUGGCUGCAUAAGAGGGGAUUUCAACACCAUCUUGUUUACAGAAGAGAAGAAUAGGGAUUGCACCAUCAAUAGAGGUAUGAGUAAUUUUACUAAGUUUAUCAUGGAUUGGAAUUUGAUUGAUCUCCCACUGUGUGGUGCUAUAUACACUUGGACAAAUGGACAGGUCGACCCUAUUUUCUGUCGACUUGAUAGGUUUUUAAUUAAUAGUCGUUGGGAGGAGUUAUUUCCAGAUACAAUUCAAUCGACUAAACCCAGACCGGUAUCUGAUCACACUCCAAUACUUCUGAUCACACAAGGGCUAAGGUUUGGACCCUCCUUCUACAAGUUCGAACAUAUUUGGCUUGAGGACCCAUCUCUCAAGGACAAGAUUACUGGUUGGUGGAAUGAGUUCCAGGUAGAGGGGAAUCCUGGAUAUGUCCUUUGA